UGAACUGAGCGCGAGUGUCGCAUAUGAUUGAAUCCAUAGAAUCACCAUUAACGGAGUGAUAUCUGACGUGAUGGUUGUAGCCAUCAAAAAUGGUUAGGCGGGGAAUGCUCACGGAUAAUCGGUUUAUCCACACCAGUAAAUUCGGAGGUUUAAGACCUUGAAAGUAUGCCUUUGUUACAUGUUCGAAAGUUAGCCCUUGAGGACUGCAUUCUCUAGAGCUGGAGAGAUACAUUGUUACGGGCUCUGAAUUUUAAGCGUCGGCUCUCGUUAUACGGUUCUGCCCAUGUCGCACAGCGCCGGUGCUGCAUUGACAGUCGAUGUUCUGGCUUCACUUAGAGGCAAACAGUAAAUAAGCCCUCCGGUUCACUGGAGAACAAACCGAUUUUGUGCGCAUAAUGGCAGGGCGCCGUAGGUGUGUGAAUUCGCUAUGGUCGGGGAGCGAGCGGGUUCGCAUUGGAGAGCGUCUGAAAGCCACUCUGGCCGGCAUAAUGGAGCUGGACCUUCUCAGAGGACGACAGCUGGAGAUGGUGGAUGCGGUACUGGACGUGAAUGCAGAAGCGACCGCUCAGCAGGACGAAAGACUGGAGAGUGCCGCCGCCGAGGAUGGUGCCGCAACCUCCCGCAUUCAACAGAGUCUGUCCCCUGCGAACCCUGAUCUGCCUUUUAUCAACACUACAGGAGAGAGGUUAAGCUCACGCUGGUCCACUUUGUCUUGGGACAUCCCAUCUGAUCUUCUGUCCUCUCCUACCCCAGACCUCCCUUGCACCACACUGCUAGACUGCGACUCCAGACCCAGUUCAGGUUUCUACUCUGUCAGUGGGAGCUCUCUGUCAGACUCUAGUUAUUCAGUAUCCAGUGAGGCAGCCCCUGGAGUGUCAGUGAAAGGAAGUUGUAGGCCUCGCUCACUGGAUCACAGUGCCACUCAUUGGAGGGAGUCUGAAUCUCAGAGUGCAGACUGUCCUGAUGGGACAGUGGAGAAACAAGACAGAAGGCCCUUUUCUACUGGGGAUCUCGAGAUCAGUAGUCUCAUGUUCCUGACAGACCUAUGUUCUAGUCUUGGAGGGAUACAUCCAAGCUCCCUUUUACCUUCUUCCAACUCCAGUCCACAGCUUCAGCUGGACCCCAAAUUCUGCUCAAACCUUGUUUCUCGGAAGACAAAAGAGGUUUACCCUUACCCUAGUCCACUCCAUGCUGUGGCCCUCCAGAGCCCCCUGUUCACCUCCUGCCAGGAGUCUUCCCCCACCCGCCUCUCUCCGAGCCCAGAAAGUGAGCAACCUGUGGAGCCAGCACUUGAGCAAACUGCCAUGAAGGGCCAACCCCCACUCUCUCUUUCAUUUACUCAGCUGGAGCAAUACAUCAACAGAUUAGUCAACCAGCAUCACAGCAGGGUGGCAGCUGAAACUGCCAGUCGUGGACACCAAAGGACCAUUGCAGGUGCCGGUUAUGAGGGAGUCCACCUGAGAAGUGCUUCCUCCUCCAGCCUCUCUGGAGGUAGUUUGACUCCAUGUAAGUCUAUACUGGGCAAUUCUGCAAGAGUCAGCCUGAGCAGUAUUGGUAAACGGGCAAACCGCAAUUCCAUCAACCUUGGAAACUUGCCCUCUGUAACGGGAGAGGAUUUUAACAUCAGCUUACACUUGAAUCUGAAUUUAAACCUCAAUCCAAACCUGAACAAGAGUUUUGAUGCUACAAAUGUGAAAGGGGAGGUGUCUGGAUCAUGUGGGCAUCUCUCCGCCAGCAUAGUCACUCCAACUGCCUCCCCUUCCUCUUCUACAUCUACCAUCACCAGCACUCCAAACUGGAGUAGGAGAUCAAGGAUCUCGACUUGCCCUUCCUCAGUGAACCAUCGUGGGUCUCUAGAGAUAACCGGAAAGACCUUUAACCCAAUGGGCUUCUCAAAGUCAUUAGACUGGAAUGGCUCCUCAAGAGAAGAGGCAGAAGGUUGUCCUCCAUCCAAAGCAUCAGAUAGCCCUUCUAAACUCAAUGAGGACUCAGAAGUUGUUUGCGAGAUCUCUCGUGUAUCUGGGUUGCCAAGAUCUGUAGUUCUUGGUUUGAUGGAGGAGGGUGUGGAGUUAGAUGCAGAUUGCUUUUGGAGUGAAAGAGAAAGAGGUGUAGGAUCGGCCUCUCCAAGUAACCUUCCUACACUGUAUUCGUCACAGUCUUCAUUUCAUCAUCCGUUUGAAUUAGAGCAAACUACUCUGACACCAUCAUCAAAUUCCUGGACAGGAAGUACAAGCACAGGGCAGGACUACAUAUCCCAGCAGCACUGCCUACAAGUUUCCCACUCAGAUUGCCAUUCGGCACUGACGUCACAGUCAGGUAGCCCUCAUUCUGAACCUUCUGUGCCUCCUCCUACUCGUACCUCUCCCAUUUUGCCCUUCUCACAAAGUCAGUCAGACCCUGCCUCCUCUCCUGGUUCCUCCCAUGCCAGAGUCCACUCACCUCCUCGGCUACUUUCCAAUUCACCAUUUACUCCUGCACAGCUAUCAGUAUUUCACCGUGACUCCCCAUCCCAAUGCUCUCUUCCACGUUUUCACCCAUGUAGUUCCCCACUUGAGGGACCCAUUCGACCUAGAGGAGGUUCCCUUAGGCAGAACGCAGGGGCUGGAUGGAGGCCCCAAGACAGAGGCUGGAGGAGGAGUGGAGAUGGAGAGAGGCUCUACCAGGGUAAACAUGCCUCCAGAGAGCUUAUCCGAGCAUCCACAGUGAGCAGUUAUUCAGGCAGGGACUACAACACUGGAUGGGAAGAUGAAAUGAGCACUCAGACACCCAAAAAGGGUAGAAAGUUUUGGAAGGGCUUUGAAACACGCCUUUGGGGAAAAGAGGAAGAGGAUGCCGAGAGAGAUGAGCAGGCUGGUGGAUUCAGUUGGAGGCACACCUCAUUAAAAGAAGCAUCAUCCAGUAGGCAGGAACAGCGAGGAAACAACUCAAAAAAGAAAGGUACGAGUUGGGAUGGCCGGAGCUCCAGCCUCAGAUUGUCCAGACGAGCAUUAUUCCGAAGUGAGUCUCAGGGAUUUCUCGAGUCGCAUUCCCAGAAACGGGAAAACAAUCAGUGGCGUUCCUCCUUUGAAAUCAGCCGUGCCAGACGGGGAUCCGAACGUGGUCGCAAUCUUGUGAGAAUGGAGGAGAAACAUCACUCUUCAACUGCCAGUCUCUUCCAUCUCUCUCGCUCCCAGAGCCUGGAAGGUAGCAGUCACUCCCUUUCCCCUCUUUCCUCCCCGUCCCUCUCUCCCUCUCCACCCCCUUCAGCUCCUCUCACCCGUUCCAGAUCAUUCCGAGACCUUGGAAGGAAAGUUUUUGGAUCUAUGAAGUCAAUCAGUUUUAAUAAAAAUCAGAAAUCAAAAAAGAAAGAUUAGUAUUUACAGUAAAGGCUUAAGUAAACUUCAGUUUUCCAUGUGCUGGUACAUAUCACACACAGCGCACGUGACCGGUUUCAUCAUGACAGUCCAUACGGACUGUCAUUGUGCAGCCUGUUUUUUUCUACACAUACAGACAGCCCGUGUCUUGGCUUGUAGUCAAAAGAGUAUAUUUUGAAAAGGAGAGCACUCGACUGUGCGUGAAAGAAAGGCAUGUUGAAACACGAAGUAUACCUUAGCCUUAAGAACAUUUCAGAAUAUGAGUAUCCAUGCUGAUGAUUUGCUCGUUUAGGUGCUUUUGCAUGCUAUUUCGUGCUGUGUCUCUGUGCACUCUUAAGGUCAUAGUGGUGCUGGUGUUGUUUUAACUAUGAACAUAUUAUGCUUCUAAAAGCACUGUUAAAGUAUAUGCUGACCAAAUACAAAGACAGAAAAAUAUGUUGUAUUAACUCUGUGCUCAGGACUUUAUGAUGAAAUAAAAUAAUUGAAACUAUUGUUUAGUGUUAA